AACAGUCUUUUUUUUUGUAGUGUGUCUAACACACAGAUACUCCAGAUUAGCGCGUGCCACUUUUAAUUUCGACGGCCACACACAAAAAAAAAAAAUAAAAAAAAUAAAAAUAAUACACACACACAGAAAAACAGCUUAACUGACAACAUACAAAAUGGGUAACGUGCUUGCGGCCUCAUCCGGCGUCGAUGCAGCAACGGCGCGCAGCAACAGUGUGGCAGCCAGUUUGGGUUUGCCGGAACCAGCGGCUAUUUCAUCCACAGAGCAAUCAGCGCCAUCGGUUGCCAGCGAAGUGAGCGAUGCGAAGGACAAUCAGCUGGAGAAUCCCGGCACCGUUGAGGAGUUGCAUAAAAAGUGCAAAGAUGUCCAAGCCAUCACCUUCGAGGGCGCCAAGAUCAUGCUGAACAAGGGCCUGAGCAAUCACUUCCAGGUAUCGCACACGAUCAACAUGAGCACCACAGUUCCGAGUGGCUAUCGCUUUGGGGCCACCUAUGUGGGCACCAAGCAAUACAGCCCCACCGAGGCAUUCCCCGUGCUGCUCGGCGACAUCGAUCCGUCCGGCAAUCUGAACGCAAAUGUCAUACAUCAGUUCUCGUCGCGUUUGCGCUGCAAAUUCGCCUCGCAGAUCCAAGACUCGAAGAUGAUGGCCACACAGCUGAGCACAGAUUAUAGGGGCAAUGACUUCACCGCCUCCAUAACACUCGGAAAUCCUAGCAUAUUCACCAAUUCGGGUGUCGUUGUUGGCCAAUAUCUACAAUCGGUCACCCAGCGCAUGGCCCUUGGCGCCGAGGUGGCCUAUCAAUAUGGACCCAAUGUACCUGGACGUCAGAUAGCGAUUGUUUCGGCAUUGGGCCGCUACACCAGCGGAGAUUCGAUUUGGUCUGGCACCUUGGGCCCCAGCGGCAUUCACUUGUGCUACUAUCAGAAGGCCAGCGAGCAGCUCCAGAUUGGCGUCGAGGUGGAAACAAGUCUCCGCAUGCAGGAGUCUGUUGCGACCAUAGCCUAUCAAAUUGAUCUGCCCAAGGCGGACUUGGUGUUCAGAGGCUCAUUUGAUUCAAAUUGGCACAUUUCGGGCGUUCUAGAGAAACGUCUGCAGCCUUUGCCAUUUUCGUUUGCGCUCAGUGGACGUAUGAAUCAUGUGAAGAAUAACUUUAAGCUCGGCUGUGGACUGAUGAUUGGUUAAGCAACAA